AUGCCAAACGACAGCCUGGUGCUGAGCAGCCUGGAUGGGAUUUACAUCGGCAUCGAGUGCGUGGUUGCUUUGUUUGCCACUUUGGGUAACAUCCUAGUCAUCUGGGUGGUGAAGCUGAACUCGGCGUUUCAGAACACGACUCUGUACUUCAUCGUUUCCCUGGCUCUGGCUGAUAUCGCGGUGGGGAUCCUUGUCAUGCCGCUGGCCAUUGUGGUGAGUCUGGGCAUCAGAGUCCACUCCUACACCUGCCUAUUCAUGUGCUGCCUGAUGGUGGUUUUCACUAACGCGUCCAUCCUCUCCCUCCUGGCCAUCGCGAUCGACAGGUACCUGCGAGUGAAGCUGCCAACCAGAUAUAAAAUAAUCAUUACAGAGAAGAGAGUUUGGUGGGCACUGGGCUUGUGCUGGUUGGUGUCCCUGCUGGUAGGAUUAGUCCCCAUGUUUGGAUGGAACAAGAUGGGACCAAGAAACCCUGACGUUCUCAGGUGCCAAUUUACCUCUGUGAUGAGCAUGGAUUACAUGGUGUACUUUGGCUUCUUCACAUGGACCCUUGUCCCUCUGCUCAUCAUGUGUGCUCUGUAUGUUGAAAUUUUUUACAUCAUCCGGACAAAGCUAAAUCAAGGUACAACCAAUGUGAGAGGGGCGGGAACUUUUUACGGACAGGAGUUCAAGACAGCCAAAUCUCUAGCACUUGUUCUCUUCCUGUUUGCAAUAUCCUGGUUGCCUCUGUGCAUUAUGAAUUGUGUUUCCUAUUUUUAUCCUGAGUGUCAGAUUCCCCCCUAUUUGAUAUACUUGGGAAUCCUGUUAUCCCAUGCCAAUUCUGCCAUGAACCCCAUUGUCUAUGCUUGCAAGAUAAAGAAGUUCAAAAACACAUACCUUUUAAUUUUAAGGACCUAUAUCCUGUGCAAAACCCCAGACCCAGUUCUUACAGAGCAAACAACAGACCAACAAUCAUAA